AUGAAAUAUGAUAUAUGCUAUUGUUUUAAUAUAGUCAAUAAGCAAGAGAGAGUUUCUUUGUAUCAAAGAUUUUGUCAACUUGAUCGGACUGCCAAAGGUUUUAUUUCAUCCGAUGAAUUUAUGUCUGUGCCGGAGUUUGCAAUGAACCCUUUCGCUGAGAAGUUGCUGAAGAUGGUUGAUGGUUUAAAUUUUAAGGAUUUUGUUGCAUUCUUAUCUGCAUUUAGUGCCAAAGCAAGCAUUGAGCCAAAAGCUUCCCUUAUUUUCAGGGUUUAUGACUCGAAUGGCAAUGGGAAGGUGACUUUCAAUGACGUUAUAGAAGUGCUUAGUGAUAUGACUGGUUCAUUCAUGACUGCUGAGCAAAGAGAGUUCAUGUGGUUUGAUACAAAUGACAUGACCUUUACUUUUCCAUUGCACGAUGACCAUUCUAGUUCAACAGAAACAUUUAAAAAGCAAAUGAUGAAUGACAUUGGUUGA